AUAUGUUAAAGUGGAAGGCAGGCUUGGAGGUGCAUGACUUUAAUCCUAGCACGCAGGUGGAUCUCUUGAGUUCAACCCCAGCCUGGUCUACAAAGCGAGUUCCAGGAAAACCUGUGCUACACAGAGAAAUCCUGUCUCGAAAAGCAAAACAAGGGGGCGGGGUGUCUUUAAUGGAACAACGUUAUUCCACUGACAAUUCGUCUGGAGUGUCUGACAUUUUAAUUUAUUUAAAUGAGGCAAAAAUGAAACCUCACAAACACAAGGAUGUGAAACUUUGAUGACAAAGUGUCUUGCUUGGUGACAAAGAUCCGUUACCAAAUUAAUAAUUCGGGGUGACGAUGAAAAAUAUCCUAGGCGAAAAAGGGAUCCUCAGAUUUUGGGUCUAAGGCUCAUGAAUGCAAGAAAGGCUGUCCGGAGGGAACACUGGGGGCGUGGGUUGAAUGGAAGCUCAUUAGGGACGCUCGAGCGUUGGUCCACUCAGGAGGGUCCACCAUCGAGUCUCCGCCCCAACCUGGCGUACCUCCCGGAAGCUCAACGGAUAAUUUACUUCCUGUUCCGCUUACUCUUCCGGUCGCCAUGGCGACAGGGCGUCUUGGGGUUGGGGAGACGCUGGAGGCCCUUAACGCAGCUGUAGGGCCUGGUAACCCGGUAUGGUUCAAGGAGACGCACGCCCGGCACCUGCGUGUCCGAGACUUCUUGGCACCGCGCAGUGCGCUACAAGCGCGCUUCAGGGACGGCCAGGUGCCAGAGUGCGUGUUCCAUGCGGUCGCCCGCCUGCAGGGUCCAGGAGUGGCUCCUGUACUGCGCUGCGCGCCGACACCUGCGGGUUUAUCGCUCCAACUACAGCGGCCCGCAGUGUUCCAGCGUGUACUCGGUGCCCUGGCCUCCUACGCUACUCCCGCCAAGCCCGCCUCACCAAGCCGGCGAGUUGUCCUACACUGCCCAGCAUUGCGCUGCAGCCCCGACACACUCCGCCUGAGCCAGCUGCGUGCCGUGCUCGUAGCGGAUCACCUAGCGCGGAUGCUGCGCGCCCAUGGGGUAUGUGUAUGCUUAGUGCCCCCGGUGCGGGAUCCGCACACGUCAAGUUUCCUGCAGAAACUUCGGGUAGACUGGCCCACUGCCUCGAAAAGCACCUCUACCGAAACCCUGAGGACCUGGGUGCUUGCAGAAUGUAAUUCUGCUUCUGAGGAGGAAACACUGCCCCCUGGCGUCCUAGGCCUAGUGUGUCUGAAGAAACUGCUAGAACAGAACCACGCAGCAGGCUAUGACCCCAGCAUAGACAACUGUUUGGUGACUGAAGAUCUGCUUGCUGUGCUGUCUGAGCUGCAGGAGGCUGUGCGCCAUUGGCCAGAGGGUGGCCACCCAGGCCUGGUUGGAGACUCAGAUGCUGGCAUGGCUCGCUGUAUGGUUGUACACGUGGUGAGCUGUGAGGAGGCGUUUCAGCAACAAAAAUUGGAUCUGCUUUGGCAGAAGUUGGAUAACCAGGCUCCUCACAAGCAGAAGCACCUGGUCUGUGGCCCAGUGAAAGUAGCUGGCGCACCUGGCACCCUGAUGACUGCCCCUGAGUAUUACGAGCUCAGGCAUGCUCAGGUGUGCAAGGCCUCAGCACUGAAGCAUGGUGGGGACCUGGCACAAGACCCAGCCUGGAUUGAGACCUUUGAUGUCCUCUCUGUGGCCACCAUCAAAUUUGAGAUGCUAAGCACAGCUCCACAGAGUCAACUCCUCCUAGCCGACAGCACCAUCUCCACAAAGGGCACAAAGAGUGGCACUUUUGUCAUGUAUAACUGUGCCCGCCUUGCGACACUCUUUGAGGGUUAUGACCAUGGAAUGAAACAAGGUCUGUAUCCCACUUUUCCACUUAUCAGCAGCCUGGAUUUCUCACUGCUCCAGGAUGAGGGCGAGUGGCUGCUGCUUUUCAACAGUGUCCUUCCCUUUCUGGACCAGCUGAACCAGACUGUGAGCCUGGCCAGCCCUCCAGGGCUCCACAUCCCUGUUCGCACGGAGAUGGUGUGCAAGUUCCUGGUGCAGCUCAGCAUGGAUUUCAGCUCAUACUAUAACCGAGUACACAUUCUAGGGGAACCUCGGCCACACCUCUUUGGUCAGAUGUUUGCCCGACUACAGCUCCUAAGGGCAGUACGUGAGGUGCUCCACACAGGCUUGGCUAUGCUGGGCCUCCCGCCACUGAGCCACCUCUAAGGACUCAAUAACUAGGAAUGUUUACAAAAAAACAGAACUUCACAGAUGUGGGGCACUUAAAGCCAAAAUAAAUGCAGUUUUCUCCUGUUGUAGAGAGAGGCAUAUUCUUGGUCCGCC